UUACUUUCUUCCGGUGUGAAGAGCAGGGCCUCCCCUCCUGGGCUUGGCGCCGGAGCAAGACUCAGAGACGCCCGCGAAGCGAUCCUCUUGCUUGCUGCUAUGGCCCAGCCGGGAAGGCCCGCGUAUAAUAGCCUUACUAGAGCCGGCCAGCCGCCGCCACCGCAGCAGCCGUACAGCAAUGGUCCUGUGCCAGGCUCAUUGAUGAAUUCAUCACACUUAUCAGAUGGACAGGGACAUAACUCUUUGAUCCCAAAUAUGUAUACUCAGCAAAUUGCAACAAAGAAUCCUCUGCAUGCCACCUCCGGACAAUAUAGCCAUGGGACAUCUUGGAAUAUACCUUCUGGUCAGACUCUUAAUAGAACCCCAAUGGGAUCUUCUCUGACAGCAUCACAGCCAAGUCCUGUUGCCCAAAUGCCUUCUUUGUUGCAGAACUCAACUGCUAUAUCAACUUCUGAUGGUAGUUUUUAUUCUGGAAGUAAUUUCUCAGCUAAUUCAAACCGGCAAUAUAUGCAGAAUCCUUUGACUCAACCUAAUAUAGUAUCUCAACCAAAUCAUUUUGCUCACACGGUAACUUCACCCUUGUUGCCAUCAGGGAAUACAAAUUUGCCCACAAACUACCAUUAUGUUUCUUCUGCUGGAGGUCCUCCAAUUCACAACACCUAUACAAGGCAAGUUCAACCUCCUUUAGGACCUUCUGCAGUUGGAAGUCCAGUUUAUACACACCCCUCUGCUCCCCCUUUGGCUCCUCCCCCAGCAAGCACUGCAUCCCAGGCUGUACAGAACUCAGCAAGUAUGCAAGAAGGUGAUACUACAUGCCCUGCUAAUGAUGGACUAUCAGUCCCAAACAAUUUUGAUGCAAUAGAAGGAGGUGGUUUCCUGGCAACCCCACAUAAUCCUGCUUCUCAAAAUGCUAAAGUAAACAAACAUGUUGGGACUGCUUAUCCCAGCUUGCCCCCAGGCUACCAAAAUGCUUCUCCACCUGGAGGACCAAGAAUGCAGUAUCCAGGAGGACCUCAGCAAUUCCCUCAGCAAUUCCCUCAGGUAAAUCCCCCCCAAUUUUACUCAUAUGUUAUUUCUAGGUUCCACAAAGGCUUUGUUGGCCUUCAAUUGCCUGUAGUAACGUCUAGUACAAUUGUGAGAUGUCGUAGCUGUAGAACGUAUAUCAAUCCUUUUGUCAGCUUCCUUGAUCAAAGGAGAUGGAAAUGCAACUUGUGCUACAGAGUGAAUGAUGUUCCUGAAGAGUUUAUGUAUAAUCCUGUCACAAGAGUUUAUGGAGAACCUCAUAAAAGACCUGAAGUUCAAAAUGCCACUAUUGAGUUUAUGGCUCCUUCUGAAUAUAUGCUACGUCCACCUCAGCCUCCUGUGUACCUCUUUGUAUUUGAUGUGUCACAUAAUGCAAUAGAAACAGGAUACUUAGACACUGUCUGCAAGACUUUGUUGGAUAAUUUAGAUCUACUCCCAGGGAACACUAGAACAAAAAUAGGCUUCAUAACAUUUGACAGCACAAUCCAUUUCUAUAGCCUCCAGGAAGGUCUCUCACAGCCUCAAAUGUUAAUCAUUUCAGAUAUUGAAGAUGUGUUUAUACCCAUGCCGGAAAACUUAUUAGUAAAUUUAAACGAAAGCAAAGAGCUGAUUCAAGAUUUAUUGAGAACUUUGCCUCAGAUGUUCAUUAAAUCUUUGGAAACCCAAAGUGCUUUGGGACCUGCACUUCAGGCUGCCUUUAAACUUAUGUCAUCUACUGGGGGUCGGAUUACUGUCUUCCAAACUCAGCUUCCAUCUUUAGGAGCAGGUGCACUCAAACCACGGGAAGAGCCUAACCAAAAAGCAUCUACAAAGGAUGUUCCUCUGACACCAUCUACUGACUUCUAUAAAAAAUUGGCCUUGGAUUGCUCAGGACAACAGGUUGCGGUUGACUUGUUUCUUCUUAGUGGGCAGUACUCUGACUUGGCUUCAUUAGGGUGUAUAUCAAGGUAUUCUGCUGGUAGUGUAUAUUAUUAUCAAGCUUACCAUCAUCAACACAAUCCUCUUAUGGUGGAGAAAUUACAGAAAGAACUAAAGCGAUAUUUAACUAGGAAGAUUGGCUUUGAAGCUGUCAUGAGGAUAAGAUGUACCAAAGGCCUUUCAAUUCACACCUUCCAUGGCAACUUCUUUGUACGGUCAACUGAUCUAUUGUCUCUGCCAAACGUGAAUCCUGAUGCAGGAUAUGCUGUCCAAAUGUCAGUAGAGGAGAGCUUGACAGAUAUGCAGGUGGUCUGUUUUCAGUCAGCCCUCCUGUAUACAUCUAGUAAAGGUGAAAGAAGAAUACGUGUCCACACAUUGUGUUUACCUGUUGUAAGCCAAUUGAGCGAUGUUUAUUUAGGAGCUGAUGUACAAGCUAUUACAGGCCUUUUAGCCAAUAUGGCUGUUGAUCGGUCAGUUUCUGCUAGUUUGAGUGAUGCUCGAGAUGCAUUGGUGAAUGCUGUAAUAGAUUCUCUUUCUGCAUACCGCUCAUCUGUCCUAACCAUUCAGCAACCAGGUCUUAUGGCUCCUGCAUCAUUACGCCUGUUUCCAUUGUUUAUCCUGGCUCUUUUAAAACAGAAAGCAUUCCAAAGUAAAACAAAUACCCGUUUAGAUGAACGCAUCUUUACAACGUGUCAAGUGAAAAGCCAACCAUUAGUGUACCUCAUGCUUAUUAUGCAUCCCAAUCUGUAUAGAAUUGACAAUCUCACAGAUGAGGGAGCCCUCAACAUUGGUGACAGAACAGUACCUCAGCCACCCAUUCUUCAGCUCUCUGUAGAAAAGCUAAACCGGGAUGGUGCUUUUCUUAUGGAUGCUGGCUCUGUCAUGUUUUUAUGGGUUGGAAAGAAUUGUGGACAGAACUUUAUAAGCCAAGUACUUGGAGCCCCAAACUAUGCAUCAAUACCACAAAAUAUGACACAUCUUCCAGAAUUGAACACAGCUGAAUCGUCUAGAGUUCUUGCUUUUAUUUUCUGGCUAAGGGAGCAAAGGCCUUUCUUUCCUAUAUUAUAUAUUUUAAAGGAUGAGAGUCCAUGGAAACCAAGUUUCUUACAAAAUAUGAUAGAAGACAGAACAGAAUCUGCAUUAUCAUAUUAUGAAUUUCUUUUGCAUAUUCAGCAAAAAUUGAAUAAAUGAUCUCUUUUCUUAAAUGGUUCAUCUGCUCAAAGGAAUGUACCCUCGGUGCAAAACUCUUAUUCCUGUAAUGCUCCUAUAAGUUGUUGGCCUGGUGCAGUUGAUGAAAAUCUCACUGUGAUUCCCUCUCUUCUCCCUCCCCCCCUCCCCCGGCUCCAAAAGAAAAAAGAAAAGCAAAUAAAGGACUGUGGAAUUUUUAAGUACACUAUUGUGUAGUUGUACGUUAAAACUUUAAAAUAAAUUUGAAUAUGUUGGUCAUCUUUAAUUUACUGCAAAAAUGUUUCACAGUAAUUGUGGCAUAAGUUAAAAGGCAAUAUUGGAGAAAUGUUUAUAAACUAACUUUUUUACCUUUCAUUUUUAUUUUUCUGCUUUGUGUUUUGCUGCUAGAAUUAAAAAUUCCAAGACUUGAGUUUCCAGGAAACUAUAUUGUCUUGAUUAUACAGUACAUUAUUCGUUAAAAGUUGCCUUUUUAAAGGAACAAUGAAAAGUACAUUGUGAACAAAAUACCUGCAGUUUCAAUGAGCUUAGUUUCCAUUUCUUUUAAACAUUGAUUAUGAUAAGAACAAAAGUAAACUUGAAGUAGUCUACUUGGGUUUUAAAUGAAUAUCAAAUAAUUCAUUUGAAUAUCUUUAGGAUGUGUCAGUAUUCUAGGUCUUGAAAGAUUAAUGAGAUUACGUUAUAUUCAGUAAGAAUUAAAAUUUAAAAAGGUCUGAUGCAGCUGAAAAAAAUAGUGAACAAUAUUUGAUCCUAGUCUUGGCUGUUAGCAUGAUGUGUUUGGUCUUAAUUCAUUGAAAGUAAAUAGGGGAACAGACAGUAAACCAAAAACCAUUAUUUUCGUAUUGUUUUAUUAUUUUUUCAGUCAUCUUUUUAUAAUGGGCUGAGGUUUUCAUAAAAUCCUUACUGGUUAAAUAAUACAUUGGAGGUG